AUGCUGCUGGACGCGGGGCCGCAGUUCCCGGCGCUGGGCGUGGGCAGCUUCGGCCGCCACCCUCCGCCGUCGGCGGCCGAGAUGCAGGAGCGCGAGCUGAGCCUGCAGAACAGCUUCGUGGACGCCUUCAAGCUCAACGCGGCGGCGGCGGCGGCGGCGGCGGCGCACGAGCUGUCCCCGGGCCAGGGCUCGGCCUUCAGCUCGCAGGCGCCCGCCUACCCGCACGCCGCCCACUACUCCGCGCCGCCCUUCAACUCGCCCCGGGACUUCUUGUUCCGGAGCCGGGGCUUCGGCGAGGCGGCGGCGGCGGCGGCCGGAGCCGGCGGCGGGCAGCACGGACUCUUCGGGACGGCGGCGGCGGCGGCGGCGGCCGGGGGCGGCCUGCACCACCCGCACGCCGAGGCGCAGGGCCACCUCCUCUUCCCGGGCCUGGGCGAGCAGCACGGCGCGCCCGGCUCGCCCAACGUGCUCAACGGGCAGAUGCGGCUGGGGCUGCCCGGGGAGGUCUUCGGGCGCUCGGAGCAGUACCGGCAGGUGGCCAGCCCCCGCACGGACCCCUACGCCGCCGCCCAGCUGCACGGCCAGUACGGCCCCAUGAACAUGGGCAUGAACAUGGCGGCCCACCAUGCCCACCACCCGCACCAUGCCCACCCCCACGCCCACGCCCACCACCACCACCACCACCACCCGGGCGCCUUCUUCCGCUACAUGCGCCAGCAGUGCAUCAAGCAGGAGCUCAUCUGCAAGUGGGUCGACCCCGAGCAGCUGGCCAGCCCCAAGAAGGCCUGCAACAAGACUUUCAGCACCAUGCACGAGCUCGUCACCCACGUCUCCGUCGAGCACGUCGGGGGCCCCGAGCAGAGCAACCACAUCUGCUUCUGGGAGGAGUGCCCCCGCGAGGGGAAGCCCUUCAAGGCCAAGUACAAGCUGGUCAACCACAUCCGCGUCCACACCGGCGAGAAGCCCUUCCCCUGCCCCUUCCCGGGCUGCGGCAAGGUCUUCGCCCGCUCCGAGAACCUCAAGAUCCACAAGCGGACGCACACAGGCGAAAAGCCGUUCCAGUGCGAGUUCGAGGGCUGCGACCGGCGCUUCGCCAACAGCAGCGACCGCAAGAAGCACAUGCACGUCCACACCUCGGACAAGCCCUACCUGUGCAAGAUGUGCGACAAGUCCUACACGCACCCCAGCUCCCUGCGGAAACACAUGAAGGUCCACGAAUCUUCCCCGCAGGGCUCCGAGUCGUCCCCGGCCGCCAGCUCCGGCUACGAGUCCUCCACCCCGCCGGGCUUGGUCUCCCCCAGCGCCGAAAGCCAAACCGCGGCGGCCGCUAACUUGUCUCCGGCGGCGGCGGCUGCAGCGGCGGCGGCGGCGGUCUCCGCGGUGCACCGGAGCGGCGGGGCCGGGGGCGGCGGCGGGGGCGGCGGGGGCAGCGGCGGCGGCGGCGGGGGAGGCAGCAGCGCCGGCCACAGCGCCGGCCACAGCGGCCUCACCUCCAACUUCAACGAGUGGUACGUCUGA